GCUUUCCCCCCGCACCCCCCCCCCCCCAAAUCCCCUCGCGCCGCAGGGAGGAGGAGGCGGGGGUCUCGGUGGCGAAGGUUCCAUCCGAUUCCUCUCCCCCCAAGCCUGCCGAUCCGCUCAUGAUGGCUCUGCAGCAGCAGCAGCACGCGGGGUCGGCGUCCGGGUCGGCGUCGGCGUCGAGCUCCAGCUCGGGGCUGCACCCGCUCGCGUCGCCCUCGUCGUUCGCGGACACCACCCACACCAAGGUCUUCGUCGGCGGGCUCGCCUGGGAGACCAACAGCGACAGGCUCCGCCGCUUCUACGAGCGCUUCGGGGACAUCCUCGAGGCCGUCGUCAUCACCGACCGCCACUCCGGCCGCUCCAAGGGCUACGGAUUCGUGACAUUCCGUGAACCCGAGUCGGCGAGGAAGGCCUGCGAGGACUCCACGCCGGUGAUCGACGGCAGGCGGGCCAAUUGUAACCUGGCGUCGCUUGGUCGAGCCCAGCAUCCCGUGCCACUUGGGCGGCCAAGGUCAGCUGGGUCCUACUUUGGUGUCUCGGUUCCAAGGGGCUUUUAUCUAGGGGGUUAUGGCCAGCACCGGCCGCUUCCUCUUGGCUACUACCAAGGAUUCCCUGUUCCCCAGUACAGUUACACUUCAUAUGGGGCCGAAUACAUCUAUCCACAGGGUACAUUGAACCCCUACGCCGGUCAGCAAUAUCUUCCGAUUUAUGGAGUCUCAGCUGCAGCAAAUGCAACCAACCAACCAUUUAGCCAGUUGAGCCCAUCCAUUUCUGGUGGGGGCAAUGGUUAUUUGUCGGUUCAGGGUUACAACAUGCCUGGAAAUCAAUAUGUGCAGCUCACUGGAUCGAACUUCAGCAAUGCAUCACCAACAGCUCGGCCUUCCAUUCAGACUCCCUUAUUAGUAGCGGCACCUAUUCCCGCACACCCACAUCUAAUCAUUCCAGCCCACACAUCUCAGUUUACACAAGCUAGUGUUUCUGACCAAAGAGCAAGCUGAACUGUGCACCCAAACAUUUGUACCUUGAGGUACCCUUAGAUUGCAGCAGGACUAAAAAGAGCGGUGUUGCCCUACUCGCAGCAUAUGCUCUUACCUGGCAAGAAAUCAUCCUUGCAUUCAUAAGAGAGCCUGUGGAGCUAAUUGAAGCUUAACAAAUCAGUUUGUUUAUGUGAAUCUGUUGCCACAAGAAUGGAAACUUUCUUCAUCAGGACUACAGAUCUUCCACAAUGAUUUGUUCCUUUUUAUUUUUAAUUAUCAAUUUGUCAUUCUAUUUCCAGACACUUAUUUCCUGCAAUUGACUACUACUGAUUCGUGUUUGUGAUGAAAAAACAUGCAGGUUGUCAUUAUCAUGGUCAACAGAUGUACCUGGAAAUCAUGAGGUUGUCCCUAUGGGUGGGGGCAAAUGGUCCAAGAGCAACGGUUGCUCUUGCAGUUUCGCUCGGUUUACAUCCUAUGUGGAAAUGUGUCCGUGAUUGUGAUGGAGCAUGAAGCGACAGAUGCAGCCAUGUUGAUCCUGUAUCUGACGUCUCAUGGUCAUGGAGAUAUAGCGUAUGCUGGAAUGGAGUCCAGCAUCUGUAAGAUGGAUUAAUCCAUUGGGGAUUAGCCAUCAUGGCCUUCAUAUGACUAUUCAUCUGAAAAAACAUCAUCAAGUUUCUGUGUCCCAAGUCACCGCGCACUUGCCCAAGAAGUGUAUCCAGUCCUGUAUCAGUCUGCAGUCAUCGUCGUGUCGUCUGCAUUCACCAGCCUUUGGAGCUAACUCUGGAGGACCUAGCUGUGGUGCUUUCCUAAGAGCUCCCUCCGCUUGGUCAUUCGUCUGUACCAAAUUUCUAGUGUUGUAUGUCCCAGACGUUCAGAAGGUGUGGUUUAGUUAUGUACUGCUCUCUGCUCUGUGCUUGGUGGUUCCGAGCGUAGAGCGCUCUUCUCAUACUUCCAAAAUAAAAUCACCGGAUGAGAA